AGCAUCCAGUCAGAAGCUCUGUUAUGGAAAGCCCUAUGGACCGGUGUUUUGCCGAAGAAGGACAUAGCCAGGACAUAGUUCUUGAAAAGCAAGUGUUUAGAUCCAAAGUGCUGGAGUCUCAUGUUCAGCUUGCAUGCAGCUCACAGUACUCUGCUUUUCCUUUGAAUGGGAAUGAGCUGUGCAUCUGGAAUAUUGGUAUUAACCCUGUUCAUCAGCCAUUACACUUGAUAGGACAUCAUCAUUCAAUUACUGCAGUAUCAUUUGGAAGUAAAAUGGAUCCACUUCUUGUCUGCUCAGCUUCCCGUGACUAUGUAAUAGUGUGGAACUUGGAUGAAUGCACAAAGAAAGCACUGCAAGGGAUAACACCUUGUGGAAUUGUUAUAGGAACUCUUUUGGGAAUAGUGCUUUAUGUAAGAUUUAGUCCAGAUGAUCAGACGGUAGCAGCAUGUGCUGGAAAUCGGAUCUAUAUACUAAAUGCAAAGAAUGAGGCUGUAUUAGCUGAGUUGGAAGGCCACUUGGCUCUAGUGACUGCAGCUGAAUUUUGCACUUGGGAGAAAAACAUGCUUAUAUCUGUCUCUGAAGACAGGAGCUUUAAGGUAUGGGACUGUUGUACUGGUGUAUUAACAUACCAAUCAGCAGUAUUAACAGCCUUUCCUUUGUUAAGUCUUUUCAUUGAUGAAGAAAAGAAACAGAUUAUUACUGGAUGUGCUGAUGGGCAGCUUUGGAUCUUCAGUUUGAUCAGUGGGCAUAACUACCGCUGUGUGGUCCAUAUCAACUUAAAGAAAGAGAGAGAAAGAUUCUAUAGCAAAACAGGAAAAUAUUUACAGCAGUUUGGUGAGAUACAGAAUAAUUUUAAGCUUUCUGGCAUAAAUGACAUGAGAGUGGAAGAAACAGUGGAAACAACAUUGCCCAUCCUCAGAAUUGAACACUGUGACAAACCAACACAUGCAGAAAAAGAAGGAAACUUUUUUCCUGCUGUGAAUGCCAGAUAUUUAUGGAUAGGAAGCUCUACUGGUUUGUUCAUAAUUAACUUGGCAAACUUUGAAAUAGAAGCUGCUUUACAUUAUAAAGAUUAUAGCGACCUCAGCAUUCAGUUUGCUGGAUCAUGUGCACUAACGAGGAAGGCUGUUGAUGGCAAGGUUUUAUGCUUGCUUUCUUCAAUGUUUGAAAGCGUGAUUGCUUUGCUGGAGAUUAGCCCCACUGCUUUGAUGAGAGCUCAGAAGAAUGAAUUUCUCUCAUAUGGAAAGGAGAAGCGUCUUUUAGUCAUUGCCAGUUGCUCCCUGUUGCCUAAUUCUCCAUUGAAUACUGAAUCUCUUAAGAAAUCAAGCAGCAAAUUAACCAAUAAAAAAACUCUUGGUCCGAAGGGCACAAUGAAAGACCAACCCCUGGUUUUCCACAAUAAAAUUAAAUCAUCAGGUUAUACAAGUGCACCACAAAUGAUCAUGUUUUCUCCAAAUACUAAAAUGAAGAAAACUAACAAAGUAUUGGAGUGGAAGAGCAGUUGUAAACGAAAAAAUAAAGAAUAUCCAUUGGAAAAUUUUCCGCCAACUAAAUCUGAGAGAGAGAUAUCUGCGGCGGGCAAACCAACCUCUAUAAGCUGUAUUCAGGUAUCAGGGGAUGGAGAACAGUUGGCAUGUGGCCUCGCUGACAAAUCUUUACUGGUAUUCAAUUCCAACCUGACUGGAACACCAUCUGUUUUUUCAGGUCAUGAUGGUGCAAUUAAUUCUGUUGGCUGGAGUCACAACAAAAAGUGGUUAGUUUCUGCAUGUGAAGAUAGAACAGUGAGGAUCUGGUCAGUCUGCAAUACAGAACCUGCCCUGCUUCUGGGCAGGGAGAUGUUCCAGAAAUCUGUACGCUUUGCACAGUUUUAUUAUAUAGAUAAGUUUAUAUUGCUGGGUUGCGGAGCUGAAUUUCAUCUCGUAAACUGCUACCUUGACAUAAGCAAGGAUGACCUAAAACGAUACAAACAGAAGAGUGUUUGCAAUCUAGUACAGAAAUUCCCCAUGGCUUCUACAGUAGAGAUUACCAGUCUUUCAGCAGUAAAUGACUUCUACUCUUAUAUUGUACUUGCUGCUGGAAGCAACCGAGCAUUAGAAGUUUUUGACCUCAAUGCAGGCUGCAGUGCAGCAGUGAUACCGGAUGUUCAAUCUAGAUCAGUCCACCAGAUUUGCCAAAAUAAGGGAUCAGCUUUUAGCACUCAGCAGCCUGAAGCUUAUAAUCUCUUCAUGACCUCGGCAAUUGGUGAUGGUAUUAAACUGUGGGACUUAAGAACAUUAAGGUGCGAGCGUCGUUUUGAAGGACAUGUUAAUCGCUGCCACCCAUGUGGAAUUGCAGUCUCUCCCUGUGGACGCUUCAUUGCCAGUGGAUCAGAAGAUAAAUGUGCUUACAUAUAUGAAAUGCAUUCAAGUACGUUUUCCCAUAAAUUGACAGGACACACAGAGUCAGUCAUCAACGUGGCUUUUAAUCCUUCAUCUGCACAGCUCACUACAGCCACCUUGGAUGGCAAACUCCAGUUGUUUCUGCCCUGACCGUUCGUGGAAUAUUGGCACUUGAGAAUAAUGGCUCACUGAGAACAAGAUAAUCAGUAACUGGUCAAACAGCACAAUAUUACUUUUUGAACUACAUUUAAAAAAACCUGUUUCUGUAAAUUCAAACUGUGUUCACAGGUUACUACUGUGUAGAAACAAUCUGUCACUUUUAUUGGAAAAGUAAAGCCAAAAGACCAUGAGAUACAAAAGCACCCAUGCUGACCUCAUACAACCAAGCACUAUAACUUUAAUGGACUGUUUGCAUGCUUAAAAUGUCAUGUGCUAUAAUGCUUUGCCUAGGCUUUUCUUCUGCAGAUUGGUGACACAAUUAAAAUAGCAGUUCUUCCACAUUUUAAACAGGAAGUCUGCCUGUUACCCGUGACUUGAAAUAGUCUCAAAGACAGGAGAGUUUCUCCUCAUUCAUUAUAUUGCAGCCAUGCUGGAACAAUCCAUACCAUUGCAACUCUAAUGCAGUUACUGGAAGCAGCAGAAUUUUGCCUUCAUUUAUUAAGAGCCAGUAUGAUUCACAGCCGUUUGUAUUGCUGUACUCAUUAAGUGCUUCUGUUAUUUCUUAGAGAAUCUGUAAAAAGGGCUUAAUUUUGAAGGAUUUGUCUUUGUUACAAAGUUAACUUGUUGCUUUGUUUUCAUAAUAUACUUAUGUUUAACUUUGUUGUGACACUAGACAGGUCCCUUUUGCUACUCUUUAGGGAAAAAAAAAAGGAAAGAAGGAGAUUUGUUUAGUUGUUCAAAUAGUGAUUAGGUUUUUUUCUGUAGAAAAGUGCUGAUUCUUUUUGUACCAUUCCUAGCUAUGCCGCUUUACAUGCCCUAAUCUUUGAAAAGUAUGCUAAAUGCUGUUUUGAAUA